AGUAAGACAAAAUUGUGCGAUAAAGUAUUUAAUAAGAUCUAUUUUGCUACAAAAAACCCCUGCUCUGGUGUGUCUUGUUUUGUUGUAAAUGUAACAGUGGCAAAAAAGAGAACAUUUUACAUUUUUAGGUCUUGAAAGCAUGAUUGACAACAAUGACAUUGAAGGCUUGAAGCAAAUGCGGGAAAGACAGCCAGAUUUUCUGUACCUAAGAGACGAUAGCGGUUGGACCCCACUUUUCUAUGCUUCGUGGAAUAACAAACCAUCCGUGGUCAAACUCUUUAUAAAUAUUGGCUGCAAUUUAGGUGCGGUUGACUUCUCAUUUCAGAGCAGCUACCAUCUAAGUGCAAGGGCUGGCCACGCUAAAGUGUUGAAUAUUCUGUGUCAAUAUGACAUCAAGUCUCUUAACCAAGGCGAUGAUUACAAUCGCACGCCGUUGUAUUUUGCUUCGUUGCAUGGCAACAUAGCUUGCGUUGAUACGUUAUUACGUCAUAAUGCCGAUACAGCUGUGAUGAGCAGUAUGGGGGAGACUGCUUACGAUGUAGCUGGAGAGCAGAGUGAAGAAAAGCGCCACGUGAUCCAAAAAAUGAUCGAAGACCAUAUGAGCUCGUUAUUAAUACAAGUUGAUUCGUAAAUAAACAUCCAGUAGUAAAGAAUUCAUUACAGCAAGAACUUCAUUUGAAAAAAGCCAUUUUCAUUCUGUUUUCUUAAGCGAGAAAGAAUUCUUUUUAUGGGAUGAGAGAACUGAAGCAGAAACAUUUCUUAAAGCAAGUGGAAGCAUCAUUGUUUCCCGAAAAAAUGCGUGUUAAAAAUAGACUGGCAUUCUUAACCUCUACCCCUAAUAUACCACAAGUUACGGCAGCAAAUCUACGUCUUAUGCUCUUCUUUUCAUGUAAGCAAAGAGAUUUGAACAAAGAGUUACAUAUGUCCGCACCUUUGUAAAUAGAGUACGUUAUUUGAAAAAAAAAUAUCGAUACAACAAAAGUCGGUAAAAAUAUUUAGACUGCGUAAAAUUUUAGCCACUAAUUAGACUGAACUUUACCAACAUAGUUACUAUUUUUUAUUAUACAAAGAAAUUUAUUAUAAAUUUGUAUAUGAUAAUACCAAUUAAGGUGAACUAAUAAUGUCUAAUGUUCACCUCUUUUUACGGCAUUUGGGUUCUUAAGAGACAAAUAAACUUAGUCGUUAAAAAAAUAGUCGUUAAAAAUGGAUAAUCGGAAAAAAGUCGGUUUUCUCUAGCGAUUAUGUAUUUACAAUUUUAAAUUUUAUGCACCGUUUUUUUUUUAAAUAGCAUAGAAUUAGCUCCGAUAUUUGUUUGAUUCUGGCGUGUUAUAUCUCAUAAGGAUUCCUUAUAUAUUUGUUAAAAAUUUUAACUUAUUAUGCGUGCAGUUUUUCUAUAGAGAAGAAAACCGUGCAAAUGUACAGUUUCAUGGUUUUCUUACUCUUAGAUAAAAUCCUUAGUGACAUGUUUAACACGAAAAGUAGACAAUAAACGCCCUCUUAGAUAAAAUCCUUAGUGUCUUGUUUAACACGGAAAGUAGAAAAUAAACGCCCUCAGAAAUCCUUAGUGUCUUGUUUAACACAAAAAGUAGACAAUAAACGCCCACAGACAACUAAUCAAUUUAACUACCGCCCCGGGCGUUUAAUCUAGGCACUUCGUGAUUUUGUAUAUUCUAUAUAUAUUUUUUAUAGAGUAUAUUAUAUUAUACUAGUCGUUAGCCCGUGGAAAAUCCACGGGUUCGCCCGUCGCAGCUAAGCUACCAUUUUGCGUGACAGACAGACAGACAGACAGACAGACAGACAGACGUAAACAGGCAUCAUAAUAUAGAUUUUAACAAAUUAAAAACAGGAAUAUAACAAAAAAAACCCUGCUACGGUUUCCUAGUGUAUAUGCAUUUUCGCUAAUUUCGCGGAAAAAGAAUUUCAUGAUAUCUUUGCCUCGAUUUAUUUUGUGCUGGGUGUUUUUGGAAUUAAUUUUCACGAAUUUUAAUCUUCCUCAAUAACUUUCGCGGAAUCUAGUAUAUUAAAAUUCGAAGGUUUAAUUAAAUGUAACAUUUUUUGUCCAAGAAUACUCACAAAAUAUCGAGUUGUACAUUCAAUGCCUCGGUCGUCACAAUAAUUCUUUCUUUUCUUAGAAAUCGUGACUCGAUUAUUAAAAAAAUCUGGUUAGUAAAAAUCUACAUUUAUUUAUGUAAUCACAGGUUGCUUGACUCGCUUACUUCUUUUCUUUCUCUUUUUGCUCGAUGUAGCUUGUAGUAAUUCCGCAAAGGUAGGUUUUGAAACAUUUUUAUCAAGUUUAUGUUCAUCGUCUUGUUUUCUCUUUUUAUUUUUAUGUUUUUCUGUAUUUAUGUCUCCAUUUUUACGUUUAACGACGCUGUCUUCAUGAACCCUUUCUUGUUUGUGUUUGUUCUGCAAAACAGUCGGUCCGAUUCUUUCAAACAUGGCGACGAAAAAACCGUUUGUAAGAUCAUCUUCUGGAACGGCUCGUAGACACUUGAAAGCUAAAGAAAAUAAAAAACUCCAUAUGGUACGAAGACAUUUUUGGAGAAGAACCUUUUGUUUUUUUUGAUGGGGUUGGUGGGAAAAAGGCUUGAGUUUCUUGUCUUGGCGAGUCAAACUAUGGUUUUUCUUGUCUGAGCGAGUCAAACUAUGGUUUUUCUUGUCUUGGCGAGUCAAACUAUGGUUUUUCUUGUCUGGGCGAUUCAAACUAUGGUUUUUCUUGUCUGGGCGAGUCAAACUAUGGUUUUUCUUGUCUUGGCGAGUCAAACUAUGGUUUUUCCGGAGUACUGUUAUAUACAGGAAUAACAUACUUUACUGUGUAAAAUGUUAAAUGUACUUGGCAUCGAAAAGAAAGGGGCGUAGACUGUUACGUUGUAACUUUCAUGUGAACAGUUUUUAAAUUGACUUUCUUAGAUUUAAUAGAUUUCAUAUUCUGCAGAACAGGUCAAUAAUAGUUGACUAGUUUUUUAAAAUUCAAUUAUAAGCAAUAAAUUACGUCGUGGAAAAUACUACGUCUACCAACCUUCUUCCCACUCCCCUACUCCUCUGUUUUUCCAGCUUGGCAUUAUGUUGACGAGACGAAAUGAAGUGGAGAAUCGUUUACAUGCUUUCUCGACAACA